AUGGUGCUCCAGUUGUCGGACCAGAAGUGCUUGAUGGUGCUCCAGUUGUCGGUCCAGCCGGGUAUGUCGGUGGUGCUCCAGUUGACGGACCAGCUGUGCUUGAUGGUGCUCCAGUUGACGGACCAGCUGUGCUUGAUGGUGCUCCAGUUGAUGAACCAGGAGUGUAAAAUCUAUUAGUCUGUUGUGUUUGAGUAUUAGUCUGUUGUGUCACAGUUGGAUUUCCAGUUGUCGGACUAGCAGUGCUUGAUGGUGCUCCUGUUGUUUCUGGAGUUACAGAUGGAUUUCCAGUAGCAGGACUCUCUGAACUGGUUGAAGCUGUUGUUCCUGCUGUUGUUGUUAUAGUUUGUGCUAUAGUAGUUGUCAUUUGAACAGUCGAAGUAACGCCAGGAGAGGUUUCCCAUGUGCAAGUACAUAUUGGGGGAGUUGUUGGUGGUUGACAUGUUUGCGUGCUAACCCCAAUUAUUAUUGCCCAAAGUAUUUGGAAUUGAAUUAAUUUCUUCAUUUUGUUUAGGGCUCUUCCACC